AUGAGUUUCGAAUAUGGUAAGAUAAAAAGAGAAGAAGCAGACAGCUUUCGGCGUUCAGCUUUUUUCGGAAUUACCAUUUCUACAGUUGCUACUUUAACAGCAAUUAUUGCUGUACCAAUGCUUUAUAAUUAUGUACAAUAUAUACAAUCAUCGUUACGCGAUGAACUCGAUUUUUGCAAACAUAGGUCAGAUGGCCUUUGGCACGAAUAUUCGAUUGCAGAGAUGGCAACUGGAAUCCAGGACAGAUCAAAACGUGCAGUCAAACGUCGCGCGUAUAGUCGAACGGGAAAUGUUGCUAAAGCUCGAGGUUCGGCCUCUUAUGCCCAAGAGGGUUAUGAAAGACCUAGUGCUUCUAUAGGAGCAACUUCAUACGGACAAACUGGUUAUGAACAACCGAGCGUGGGCGUAGCUGGCCCAAGUGAAGGUACUUGCUGUAGCUGCGGUGCUGGAUUAGCUGGGCCAGCAGGGCCACCAGGUGAAGAUGGAAUACCAGGUCAAGAUGGAGCACCCGGUCAUGAUGGCCCGCCUGGUCAAGAUGCUCCAGAGACUGCAGUUCCUAGCAUCAGCGACUUUUGUUUUGAUUGCCCACCUGGUCCACCUGGACCGGCAGGGAAUGCUGGACGUAAAGGAGCGCCUGGCAAUGCAGGAGCCCCCGGAAUGUCUGCGAGUACGUCGCUUAGUGGGCCGCCUGGACCAGCAGGCCCAGCAGGCCCACCAGGCUUACCGGGGUCUGAAGGUCUCAGAGGCCCACCGGGCCCAGCAGGGCAACUCACAGAAGGACCCGGACCAGUAGGCCCCCCUGGGCUCCCUGGACCUCCAGGAUUGCCUGGACCCGACGGGUUGCCUGGCACACCUGGCCAAUCUGUGCCAGGACCAAUAGGGCCGCCAGGUGAUGUAGGACAAGCAGGAGCUUCUGGUAAUGAUGGAGCAGCAGGAUCACCCGGCGAAAAAGGAAGAGUUGGUGGUGGUGGUGGAUGCGACCACUGUCCCCCUCCACGGACUGCGCCCGGUUAUUAA